AUAUGCUUCUUAUCCUGGGAACAAUUUUGAUUAAGUUGCUUGAGCCCUAGAAGGAUUUUGUAGUCCUUUUCUCAAGCUUCCUUUUAUUUGUACCUUAUUAUUUUUUGCUGGUGUAGAACAACUUAAGCAUAUCUUAUUUAAUGCCUCUAAUACCAGUUUAUGAACAUUAGGAAGCUUCUUCCACCGUGUUGAUGAAUUUGGAGACUCUGCUGCUGAGUAAUUGUCAAGCGGAGCAAAGUGAAGUGCGUUUUUGUGCAGUGAGAUGGGCAACAUGUUUGUUUGGUUCUCAACAUUGUCCUAGUCGAUUUAUUUGUAUGCUUGGAGCUGCAGAUGCUAGAUUGGAUAUAAGGGAAUUGGCACUUGAAGGGCUUUAUCUUGGUAAGGGUGAAGGGCAAAUAAUCAGUCAAAAUCUUGAUCGCAAAUAUCCUUUGCUUGGAGGCAUUCUAGAAUACAUUCUUACUCAGCAGCCGAGGUUGUUAGAAUCAUCUGAAAGGAGAGAACAGAAGCUUCUUUUUCCAUCAGAAAUGUAUGUGGCCAUGAUUAAAUUUUUGUUGAAUUGCUUUGUGUCGGAGUUGGCACAAAACAAAUCCUUAGGAACAUCAUCUGACUUUCUUUCCUCAGUGGAAAGAAUGUGCUUGCUACUAGAGCAUGCUAUGGCAUUAGAAGGAUCCUUUGAGUUGCAUUCGACUGUUUCAAAGGCACUGGUUACAAUUGGAUCUCAUCUUCCAGAGAUGAUAGCAUCACACUUUGCUUUGAGAGUUCCAUGGUUAAAGCAAUUACUGAAUCAUAUGGAUUGGGAUACGCGUGAAUCUGCGGCACGUUUGCUUGGCAUUGCUUCCUCUGCCCUUCCCAAUCCAGCAUCAUGUGAUCUUAUAUGUGAGCUUGUUUCCUCAAUCAGGGGAGCAAACAAAUUGAGGUUUGAGGCACAGCAUGGAGCAUUAUCUGCCAUAGGAUACGUCACUGCAAAUUCUGUAUAUAGAACACUGUCUAUCCCAGAGGAGCUGUUUCAAAAUACACUUAAAUGCCUUAUUGAUGUUGUUAGUUCUGAGUCUGGAACUUUGGCCUCCAUUGCAAUGCAAGCACUGGGUCAUAUUGGUUUAUGUGCCCCUUUACCUUCAGCUGAGGAAAUUUUGUUUGCUGCUGGAGAGGCCCUAUCAUUUCUAUGGGGUGGUGUUCCUGUAACUGCUCACGAGAUUCUUAAGACUAACUAUACUUCACUUUCCAUGAGUUCAAACUUUCUUACAGGUGACAUGAAUUUGUCAUUGUCAAAUUUUAGCCCUAUCGAGAAUAGUGGAGACUCUGAAGAUGCCCAUAUUGCGGUUAGAGACACCAUCACAAAAAAGCUUUUUAAUGAUCUUUUGUACAGUAACAGAAAAGAAGAGCGUUGUGCUGGAACAGUCUGGCUUGUGUCACUUACAAUGUAUUGUGGUCAUCACUCUGCCAUCCAACAAAUGCUUCCAGAAAUUCAGGAAGCCUUUUCACACCUCCUUGGUGAACAGAAUGAGCUUACUCAAGAGCUUGCAUCCCAAGGAAUGAGUAUUGUUUAUGAACUUGGUGAUGAGUCAAUGAAGAAAAACCUUGUAGAUUCACUUGUUGGUACUUUGACUGGUUCAGGGAAGAGGAAAAGAGCUAUCAAGCUUGUUGAAGACUCUGAAGUAUUUCAAGAAGGGGCUAUUGGUGAAAGUCUUAGUGGUGGAAAACUUAGCACGUACAAGGAGCUUUGUAAUCUAGCCAAUGAGAUGGGGCAACCGGACUUAAUUUACAAAUUCAUGGAUCUGGCCAAUCAUCAAGCCUCUCUAAAUUCUAAGAGGGGUGCUGCUUUUGGCUUUUCUAAGAUAGCCAAGCAAGCUGGCAAUGCCAUUCAACCUCACUUGAGUUCAUUGAUUCCAAGGCUUGUUCGCUACCAAUAUGAUCCUGAUAAAAAUGUUCAGGAUGCUAUGUCAUCUAUAUGGAAAGCACUUGUGGCUGAUCCUAAAAGGACCAUUGAUGAGAACCUGGACCUUAUUUUUGAUGAUCUAUUAAUACAAUGUGGAUCUAGGCUUUGGCGCUUGCGUGAGGCUUCUUGUCUUGCUCUUUCAGAUAUUAUCCAAGGACGAAAAUUUGAUCAGGUUGGGAAAUAUUUGAAAAAAAUAUGGACAGCAGCAUUU